AUGGAUCUCGUCAACCACCUCACCGACCGCCUGCUCUUCGCCGUCCCCAAGAAGGGUCGCCUCCACCAGGCCUGCUUGGACCUGCUCCACGGCUCCGACAUCCAGUUCCACCGUCACUCGAGGCUGGACAUUGCCCUGGUGAAGAACCUGCCCAUCGCCCUCGUCUUCCUUCCCGCCGCCGAUAUCCCUACCUUCGUGGGCGAGGGUCGCGUCGACCUGGGCAUCACCGGCCGCGACCAGGUGGCCGAGCAUGAGGCCGUGUCGCCGCCCACCGACACGACGGGCGUCGAGGAGGUGCUCGACCUCGACUUCGGAAAGUGCCGCCUGCAGGUCCAGGUUCCCGAGAAGGGCGAUGUCGCCUCGCCCGAGCAGCUCAUCGGCCGCAACGUCGUCACCAGCUUCACCGCCCUCGCCGAGCGCUACUUCGCCAAGCUCGAGGGCGUUGACGGCGACAAGCCCGUCAAGACCAACAUCAAGUACGUCGGCGGCUCCGUCGAGGCCGCGUGUGCCCUGGGCGUCGCCGACGGCAUUGUCGACCUCGUCGAGUCGGGCGAGACGAUGCGCGCCGCCGGCCUGAAGGACAUCUCCACCAUCCUCGAGACGACGGCCAUCCUGAUCAAGUCGAAGAAGGUGUCGGACCCGGCGCUGGUCAACGUGAUCGCCGCGCGCAUUCGCGGUGUCAUCACCGCCCAGCGCUACGUCCUCUGCUCGUACAACGUGCACCGCGACAACCUGGCGGCCGCCUGCGCCAUCACGCCGGGCAAGCGCGCCCCGACGAUCAACUCGCUGGAGGAGGACGGCUGGGUCGCCGUCAGCGCCAUGGUCGAGCGCAAGGCCAUCGCCAUCGCCAUGGACGAGCUCGUCAAGAUUGGCGGUACGGACAUCCUCGUCACCCGCAUCGACAACUCGCGCACCGCUUAG